AUGCAGUCGCCCGCGCGCGCGAUAGCGCGCGCGCUGCGGUCCCGCGCGCGCGCGACCGCGACGCCGCGCGACGCCGCGCCGCCGGAUCCGCCCUCGACCGCGCGCGCGCGUCGCGUCUGGACCCCGCGCGCGCCGCUCGAGCCGGUCGCGUCCGCGUACGUGCACCUCCCGUUCUGCCGCCGGCGAUGUUACUACUGCGAUUUCGCCGUGAGCGUCGUCGGGGACGCGCACGAAACCUCGGACGCGGUGACGCGAGGGAUGGAGACGUACGUCGAGACGCUUUCGCGGGAGAUCGCGAACACGCCGAGCGCGCCGUCGUCGCGCGGUCGUCGUCGUCAUCACCCGCCGCUGAGGACAAUCUUCUUCGGCGGCGGGACGCCGUCGCUGCUCCCGCCCGCGCUGCUUCGCCGCGUGCUCGACGCGCUGAGAGCGCGGUUCGGGAUCGACGCGGACGCGGAGAUCUCCAUGGAGAUGGACCCGGGAACGUUCGACGCGGCAAAACUCCGGUCGUACGCCGAACUCGGAGUGAACCGCGUGAGCCUGGGCGUGCAGUCGUUCGACGACGCCGUGCUUCGCGCCGCGGGAAGAGCGCACACGGCGGCGGACGCGCGCGUCGCGAUCGAAACCGUGCGACGCGAGGCGAGGCUUCGCGCGUGGAGUCUGGACCUCAUAAGCGGUCUUCCCGGGCUGAGCCUCGAGACGUGGGAGGACUCGCUCAGAGAAGCCGUCGACGCGGGCGUGGACCACGUCUCCGUGUACGACCUUCAAGUCGAGGAGGGGACGCCGUUCGGGAGGUGGUACGACCGCGACGGCGGCGGCGACCGCGACGCGGCUGCGGCUGCGACGGCGGCGCGGCCGCCGCUGCCGAGGGAAUCCGCGGUGAUCGACAUGUUCCGCGCCGCCUCCUCGAUCCUUCGCGACGCGGGGUACGAGCACUACGAGAUAAGCUCGUACGCGAGACCGAACGCGCGGUGCGAGCACAACCAAACGUAUUGGAACGCGGACCGAGGGUGGUACGGGUUCGGGCUGAGCGCGACGUCAAGGACGAGACGCGGCGCGCGCGACGCGAGGCCGCGGAAGACGCGCGAGUACGAGGCGUUCGUCGACGCGAUGAUAUCGAUAGACGCCGCCGCCUCGAACGACGACGACGACGACGACGACGACGGGCGGGAUGAAUGCGCACGCGAGGACGACGCGACGGCGGUCGCGGACACGUUGCUCGAGCGUCUGAUGCUCGGGUUGAGGACGUCCGACGGCGUGGACGCGCGCGCGCUUCGAGAGGAUUUUGGCGCGCGCGUCGUUGACGAGGUCUUCGCCGUCUUAGAGACGUACCCGCCGGGGCUGGUCACCGCGACCACGGCGACGAUCGCUCUGACGGAUCCGGAGGGGUUCCUGGUGAGCACGGAGGUGAUAUCCACGCUCCUCGCGCGAGUGCCGUCGUUGCGGGACGCGUGA